AUGUCAUCUUCUCACGCCAACCUGGCAGCCAGAGCGCGGAGCGCGGAGGACGAGAGCGAGGGUUUCGAGUCCAGAUUUGCCGCUAGACCCAGAAUGGGCGAACGACAUUUUAGCUCUCCUCACUCUGCCAGAGAGGCCAAACCACGACCACCACGACUACGACCACUACCUCUACCACCACCUCCUCUUCCACAGUAUUCUCCCGGACGAGCCCGGUAUGUCGCAAUGAAAGACAGCUGGAGCCACGGUGACGACCGCAGAGACCGAGGUAGAGUCGAUCGAGGAGUCACACGGCCCAGGCGAUCGCGAUCACCUACAUCGCGGCGCCACGAGAGCGAAAGGGAACCCAACGGGCGAGACCGCAGCCCGGUGAAGGCGAGAGCUAUCUCGAACCAUCACGGAAGACCGCACGAGCCUGAACGCAGACGGAGGACAUCUCAAUCACCAAGACGAGACUCGGGGGAAGCAGUACGUGAAAGGAACAGAGGCCGCGAGUUGCUGGACACGCAAGGCUCGGACAAACCAAAACGUAGUAGUACCCACCACUCGCCAUCAUCAAGCAAAAGGCGCAAAUCUCGAACUCCUUCCCCAUCUCGAAGCCACCACAAAAAGUCAAGAAGGGAUAUUUCUCGCAGUCCAUCGCGUUCGGAGCGAGCGUUAUUGCGGCCCGAGAAACGGAGACGAACACUCUCUCCUCUUCCCCCUCGCAAACGAUCAACUGAACGCAAACCUUCAGAUAUUCGGUCGGAGGGGAGGUCUAAGCACCAUCGGGAUUCUACAGAAUUUGACAGGCGCGGGCGGUCUCCAAGCCCAAAACUCGAUAGACGCGAGAGGUACGAUAGGCAAGAGAAGCACCGGGGCGACAGGCACGAGCGCCGCGAUAGGCACGAUAAACUCGAAAAGGAGGGAUUUUCUCACCGUACCUCUGCACCACACCACGAUAGUGGCUUGAGAGGUAACAAAUCUCCUGUAGAACACUCCCAGAGAAUCCGUGAGCGAUCCCCGCUCGAGCGGCCAAAGGAGAAGGACCGCAAGAAAGACCAGUCCCCGCAAGCUGGCCGUCCAUCUCUCGACGUUGAUCGCUACGAACCACCAAAGCGCACCCGCCAGCAAUCCCCACGAGCACCCAGAAGUCCCAAAGUCCCUCGAGGUCAUUCCCCGAGUAGGGAAAGAAGAGAUAAGCCACCCCGCGACGAGUAUCGUCCGGCCAAGCCCCACCACAAAGGGGACAGGCCUUCGCCAUCAGCUGCUUCGGGUGCAAAUAAUAUUGAAAUAACGGCGACAAGACGUUCAUCAACUGCAUCGGUGUCUAAUAGUACCGAGGUAAAGCCUGAAAAGAUGGCCGACAGAGGCUACUAUGGCAGCCAGCACGGCUAUAACCCACAUCAACAGAUGCAGGCUGCAUUCCCAUUGAAACCUCAAUAUAACCAAGGGCCUCCUAUCGAUCCGAGGCAGUAUUCGCAGUCUCCACAGCACCAUAUGACGCCGAAUUCAUAUCAGGGGUCGCCUCAAGCCCACUCCCCCUAUUCCGCAGGAAGAGGCGGCUGGAAUCAACAGUACUCUCCUCCACACCAAUAUCCCCAGAACUAUCAACAGCACCAGCAGCCCAACCUUCCUGCACACGGUGGCCCACAAAACCAUUACUAUAAUAAUCAUUCUCAUUCACCCCCUUACCAACCUGGGCCGCCUGCGCCACUUAACCACUCAUACCAACAAAACUUCCGGGGUAACCAACGAGGUUUCCGAGGAGGUUACUAUAAUCACCGUGGUGGACGGGGUGAUCGUGGUGGGCGUGGUGGCCACUUUCAAAAUCUCCAUUGGAAUGCCAGUGGUGCAACUGGAGGAGCUGGUCGUGGGCAACAUAUCAAUUCCGGCAAUGCUACGCCCCAACGUACCUCUCCACAACAACAAUAUCCACCGCCUUCAGGAUCUCGUGAAACUCCUUCCCAGAACAAUCCCCCGCCGGAGGAAGAAGAGGACGCCGAGGACCUUUUCCGGCCAUCCAAGGAAUUGCAGGUUGAAGAGAAAGAUACUGGAAAGAAGAACGAUGACGAGCAGAUGCCACCUCCUAGUAAACAAACUCCAACAGGACCACAGAGCCAGCAGUCGUCCUCGAAGUUUAGUUUUGCAUUUAAAGCCUCAUCCAAGGCCCCAACCACGCCAAAACCCGAGAUAUCACAAAUCCUAAAUGCAGCGCCAGUACGAAAACCAGUUCAGACCAGCCCUGUGCGUCCUCGGAUACCGCCAUCUCGGGUGUUAGCGAAAGAGCCGGUAUCGAACAGGCGCGCCGAUUUCCGUGAGCCCCCUGCACCGACAACGCGGAAGGUUAAGAAGAUUAUGAAGCGGCCAAAAGCAAGGCCGCAGCUUUCUGAUGAAUUCAAGAAAUCCGACUCCGUGUAUUACAGGAAACCGGGUAACGAGUCCGUGGUUGGUUCUGGGACGUACGGGAAGGUCUUCAAAGCUCUACAUGUCUACACGAAAGAUCUAGUGGCCUUGAAGAAGAUACGCAUGGAGGGCGAACGAGACGGAUUUCCAGUAACUGCAGUACGAGAGAUCAAAUUGCUCCAGUCGUUGAAGCAUGAGAACAUCGUGAAUCUGCAUGAGGUCAUGGUCGAAAAGAACGACUGCUUUAUGGUCUUCGAAUAUCUCUCCCACGAUCUUACUGGCCUUCUUAAUCACCCAACGUUCAAGUUAGAGCCUGCUCACAAGAAGCAUCUAGCAAAACAGCUUUUUGAAGGCCUUGAUUAUCUUCACCGACGUGGCGUUCUUCAUCGAGAUAUUAAAGCUGCCAAUAUCCUCGUCAGCAACACCGGGCAGUUGAAGCUCGCAGACUUUGGCCUUGCGCGCUUUUAUGCCAAACGACGACAGCUUGAUUAUACAAAUCGAGUGAUCACCAUAUGGUAUCGAUCCCCAGAACUCCUUCUCGGCGAGACACAAUACGGCCCUGCGGUCGACAUUUGGAGUGCCGCUUGCGUCCUGGUCGAGAUCUUCACCCGACAUGCCAUCUUCCCUGGCGAUGGAGGUGAAAUCAGCCAACUGGAGAAAAUAUAUGCUAUCCUUGGAACUCCUAAUAAAGUUGACUGGCCUGGUCUCGUGGACAUGGCAUGGUUUGAGCUGCUAAGGCCAUCAGCAAGACGACCGAAUAUUUUUGCUGAGAAGUACAAAGAACGCGUCACACCUGCUGCAUACGAACUCUUGGAAGCCAUGUUCCUAUACGACCCAUCUAAACGGCCCUCUGCUGGUGAUGUCCUUGAGCAUCCAUACUUCACUACGGAGGAACCGAAACCUCGACAAGUGACAGAACUUGCGAAAUUAGAAGGCGACUGGCACGAGUUCGAGUCCAAAGCGCUUCGGAAGGAGAACGAACGGAAAGAUAAAGAAGCGCGCAGACAAUCCCAGAAGGAAUCAUCCCUCAAAGCGGAGAAGGAGAAGAAGCGGGCCCCUGAAGGAGAGGCUGCUGAUCGAGAAGCUAAGCGUGUGCAGAUGGCACCACCUAGUCUACCUAUCUCGAAGCAAGCCGAGGGAUAG